AUGGUUUCAACGAUGAGCUGGUUGAGAGAUAUUUGCUCGAUAAAGAGCAUAAUAAUAUUUAUCUUUGGCUUUCUCGCUGGACAUUUAUUCCAAGGCUACCCGACAGUUCAGGAUAUAAAGCCGUCUCCUGUUGUCCAACAAGAAGAAACUGUCAGAGAUUUUCAUACCUUUGCAUAUGAUGCAGACACACCUGUCCAAGCGAAUUUUACGAAAGCUCUUAUUCCUCGGCAAGGGGGUGAUCUGAUUACCGCUCCGUUCAAUCCAGAAGAAACUUUUGGGAUAAAGCUUUUUGAAGAGAAGACUUGCAAAUGUGAAGGAAGAAAGAUACAUCCAAUUAAUGAAAUGCCAGAGAUUUUUGAGAAAGAAAAGAUUUCGGAGCUCUCUAAAUACAGAAACUACGAUUUCACAAAAUGGCGGCAGAACAACUUCCACCAACUUGUUGAUCCUCGUCUUCUAAUAUCACGUGCUCACAAUCCGCUAGAAUUCGUCGCUUCCGGAUACGAAAUUUCUCCCUUUGAUUCUCUCAACGUUCACUUGAAACUUCACGUAGCGCCAGAAGAGAAAAUGACGCUGGCAAUCACGACUUUAUCUGGAGAAUUUCCGACUCUGGAAGGUUUGAGACAAGUGAAAAAGAUUGAAGCGAAGAGUGGCGAGACGCAUUACUCCGUUGGAAUGACCAGUGCAAGAAUGAUCAAUCAGCUUUUCGAAAAUUUGGUUUAUUCUUCUCGGCAAUAUGAUGCACGGCCAUUUAUGGACUACGUUACAGUAACGAUAGAAGGAGACGUUGAAGCGUUCGCUUCAUUUCCAAUUCAGAUCCGCAUCAAACCUCCGCCCGUGCUUAUCUACCGCGAGGGAAAUGAGUUCCAGCAUCGCGUUACCUUUUUGACGAAAACGUUUCUCCGCUACCCUUGCAUGUACAGACUGAUCGACUCAAUUCUAGAGCAAUAUCCUGGCGUCACAAUUAUCGUUACUGAUGAUAAUCCGAAGGAGUAUUAUCAAGAUAUCGACGUGAAAAAAUAUCCAACAGUGAAGCAAUAUAAAAUGCCGCUAGAAGAGGGUUUCUUUGCUGGAAGAGCUCUCGCAGUCAGUCAGGUUAAAACAGAAUACUUUGUCUGGAUGGAUGACGAUUUUUUCCUCGACGAAAACAGCAAUAUCAAAUACAUGAUGGACUUUUUGGACGAGACUGGUUUCGACCUCGUCUUCGGCUCCAUCAACAAAAAAGAACAGAUCAAAUGGGAAGAAGCGAAUAAACUCGUCUUGGAACCAGCAAAUGAUGGAUUUUGCUUCAAGCGCGAACCACUGCCAAAUACUAUCCCAGUCAAGGGGUACGAGGAUGACUGCAUCGUUGUUCAAAUUGCAAGGAAUUUCUUCAUGGGAAGGACUCUCACAGCGGGUUCUGUGAGACACGAUCCGGUAUUUGGACAGCGCGGACAUCGUGAGUACUUCCUUGACGGAAUGGGAAAACUGCGCGCUGCUUGGUGCGGAACGCCAAGGACGAUGCACGACCACGCUUGCUUGAGAGGCAGGGAUGACUUUGCCGACGAGUACAAAGAGAAACGCGCUGGCGGCAAAGAGUCCAGGGAGAAGAAGGACUUCAACGUUCAAAUUCACGCGUACUGGUGGUACAGAUCAAUGGCCGAAUGCAUGGCCGAACCUUAG